CACCUCCUUUCACACUUCACAGCACAACCUCUCCAAACACAAACUGGAAAAGAAGACAAAGACAUGGCGAGUUCAGUGCUGUAUGGCUUCACCGGGAGAGUCCUGCAGAAGCUGGGCUCUCUCGCGCUUCAAGAAGAUGCCUUGGUCGAUGGUGGCAUGGAAGCCGAGCUGAGGAAGCUUCAAUACGCUCUGGCUUCCAUUAAAGGGGUGCUCUUGGAUGCUGAAGAGAAACAGGGGCACAACCGCAAGCUCCGAGCGUGGUUAGAGCAGCUUAAAGAUGUCUUGUACGAUGUCGAGGACUUGCUUGAUGAUGUCCAGUGUGAAGCCCUGAGGAAGAAGCUGAACGGUCAACGGCGGAAACAUGGCAAGGUGCGCUACUUCUUUUCUUGUUCUAGUCCCUUCACGUUCAAUCUGAAAAUGGGCAAGAAGAUCUGUGAGAUAGGAGGAAGAUUGAAGCAGAUGGUUGGUGAGAUCGAGGGGUUCGGUCUCAGCAAGCGAACCUGUGAUGUUGGUGGAGUCGGAGUGAGGGUGAGAGAGAUGAAACCAAACUUGGUGAGAGGAUUUGAUCCCAUCAUUGGGAGGGAUGCUGAUAAAGAUAAGAUAAUUGAACUCUUGAUGCAGCAAGAUCCGCCUAGAGAUGGUGCGAACCUGUCCAUGAUUCCCAUUGUCGGGAUCGGAGGUUCAGGCAAGACUGCACUUGCUAGUUUGGUGUUCAAUGAUGCUAGAGUGCGAGAAGACUUUGAUUUGACAAUUUGGGUGAGCAUGCCUGAUGAUUUCGAUGUGAGGCUUGUCGUGGAAAGGAUCAUCCAGUGUAAACUCGGGCCAAAUUUGAACAACUUGGACUAUCCCCAGUUGCAGACUCUUCUGAGGGGCGUUGUAAGUCGCUGCAAGCUCUUACUGGUCCUGGAUGAUGUGCGGAAAAUGAGCUGUGCUGGCUGGGAUCAUUUGAGGUCUCAUUUGGCCGAAGCUGCCAAUGGAACCAAGGUUAUUGUGACCACUCGAGAUGCGAAAGUACCUGUCAUCACAAGUUCCCUACUGGCGUACAACUUACAGGGCCUUUCGCAUGAAGACUCCAUAUCCUUGUUCAAGACAUGGGCAUUUGACCAAAACGAACGGGAAGUAAACCCGCGUCUCCUCCAGAUCGGGGAUGAAAUUGUAGGAAGAUGCAGGGGAGUCCCUUUGGCCCUGAAGAUGUUGGGCGGCCUACUCUACUCGAAGGACGACGAACGAUUUUGGGAACUGGUGAGAGACAGUGAUAUGUGUAGAUCCAUACAGACAGAAGAGGACCUUCUACGCAUCCUGAAUCUGUGUUACACCUAUUUGCCAUCCCACUUGAAACAAUGUUUUGCCUUGUGUUCAGUUUUUCGUAGAGGCCACAUCAUCGUUGAUUUAGAUAUGGCUUAUUUUUGGGCAGCGUGUGGGCUCAUUACAUCAUCGAAUGAUAACCGAACUCCUGAGGACGUCUGUAACAAGUACUUGAAAGAGUUGUGGUCCAGAUCCUUCUUCCAAGAAGCCUGGCAGAGCGGUCCAUCUCUCUCUUUUAAAAUGCAUGAUUUACUUUACGAUCUUGCGUUGUCAGUGUCAACGGAACAAAUUGAUUGCUCCAUGCUUAGUCAUAGUUCCCAGAGAAUUCCGGAGAGAACUCGACAUGUUUCCUUAUUGCAAACUGCUUCGUCAGGGCAAUUCAAAGAGAACGAAGCCUCACCAUUCUCGAGCAAGUUAAAGUCAAACAGAGUGAGAUUGAUUAACUGUGAGUCCCAGGACGCGUUCAAUACAAGAGAUGUUGACAGCAUGUCCAAGUGCAACUACUUGAGGUUUAUGCACUUCUCCUAUUCCAGCUUCGAAGAGUUACCAAGUUCCAUAGGCAAGUUAAAGCAUCUGACAGCGCUUAGCCUAGGAGUUAAUGGUCACAUUAAGAAACUGCCGGAUGCUAUCUGUACGCUACAUGGUUUACUGUUUUUAUCUGUCUCCGGGUGCUCAGGACUAGAGGAAUUGCCUCAAGACAUGGAUAGGAUGAUCAACCUUAGAUCUCUGUUGUUGACCACGAAGCAGAAAAGCCUACUCAAGAGUGGAAUUCAUCGCAUGAAGUCUUUGAGGUACUUGCUGAUCUGUAAUUGUGGAAGUCUAGAAGUGUUGUUUGCAGGCACAGUAUGUUUGAACAACCUCCUAUCUUUGACAAUAGAGAAUUGUCCACAAUUGGUGUCUCUGCCGCUGGGUGAACUGACUGCAUUGGAGUCAUUGAGGAUUGCAGGUUGUGACAAGUUCAUGUUGACUCAGCUCGAGGAUAACGGACCAGACCUCUUCCCAAAGCUUCGUUUCUUCACGGUUGUGGCUUCACCACGAUUGGUGCACUUGCCGCAGUGGCUUCUGGCCUCUGCUGACACCUUAGAGGAGUUGUGCAUUAUUGACUGCAUAAACUUGACGGCUCUACCUGAGUGGCUGCAAGAUCUUAAACAUCUCAUAAAGCUUCAUAUCUUUGGGUGUCCUCGAUUGUCAUCGAUGCAAGGAGUGGAUUUGCUCACUACACUCCAAGAGUUGCGCAUUGCAUGUUGCCCUGAAUUGAGCAAAAAAUGUCAGGUGGAAGAUGGUGAGCUUUGGCCUGAGGUUUCUCAUGUGCCUUUCAUUAAGGUUGACUGGAAAGUGAUCCAACCAAAUGAUCAUGAGGCUGUGUGCAUUGUCUGCUUAAAAGCAUCUGGGAAGAGACUGCUCUCUAUUUCCAGAAGUUCAUACAUCUGCUGAACCUUCCCAAAGCCCCCAGGCCAAGAGUGUCAGCAUUUUCUGGAUUGAAGUACUUUGUGUUCAGGUGUAGGCCAACGCUGCUUCUUUAAGUAGACCGAGACUCAUUCUGCUG